AUGCCAGCGGAUCCCAUCACUAAUGGUAGUUCAUCGUCUUUGAAAAGAUGGAUGGCCGACUUACCAGCUACACUCACAUCUAAACCUUUACAUUUACUAAAAAUUCCUGGCUCGCAUGAUUCGGGAGCAACUGCAGAACUCGAUCCAAAACUUCCUGUAGCAAUCGACUUGUCAGAUAACAUUCGUCGUUUUGCAAAACCAACAUGUAUCAAAAUGGGCAUCAAACGAUGGGCUGUUUCACAACGCUGCUCGAUUCGUGAACAGCUUGAACACGGGGUCCGUUACCUCGAUUUACGUAUCGCUCAUCCGCCACCAGAAGAUUUCCGUAUAGUUCACGGGUUGUAUGGCAUCACGUUACGAGAUUGUCUAAAACAAGUCGCAGAUUUUUUGAACGAAAACGACAAGGAAGUUAUACUAUUCGAUAUGAAUCAUGUGUAUAACAUUAACAUAGCGGAAUUCACAAUUAUACGACAAGAAAUAUUAGAAGCGUUUGGAAAAUCCUGGUUAUGCCCUUAUACUGAAGAUAUCAAUACAGUUACCCUAGAUUACAUGUGGAAGUCAGGUUACAGAGCAAUUGUUUUUUGCACAUUCAAAUCAUCGGAUCCGACUGGGUUUCUAUGUUGGCCCUGGACUACAAUAUCGUCACCAUGGCCGAAUACUAGUAAUAUUAAUACUCUGAUACAAAACCUCAAGAACGGUUUGGAAUCACGUCCAAUGUCGAAGAGUGAGAAGGAGCCACUUCGAUUCUUCGUGUCUCAAGGAGUUAUUACACCACAGGACUCGGACGUGGUGGGUUAUUGA